AUGUCAGAGGCGACUGGUCGACAGGGGGAGGCUCCCACCCUCAUGGCACCUGAUACUACAUGUUCUACUACAGGGGAUGCAGUAACGACAUCAGAAUCCGACUCAACAACACAGACAAAUAAUAUAACAUCAAUCUCAACAUCAGAAUUAUCCGACUCAACAACCUUUAAAGAUUCAUCAACAACAACAAUAGAAUUAACUGACUCAACAUCAGCAAAAGAUUCAGCAACAACCACAACAUCAGAAUUACUUGACUCAGCAACCACAGCAGGUUCAGAAAUUAACGUAACUGACAACACCGCAGAGGUUACCACAACAUCACAGACGACAACAGCUGCUUGUUUUGAGUGUGAUUGCGCAUUAACUGUGGCGGGGACUUCGGUGUCUGGUGAAAGAAAGUUCAUUUUGAGCAAUAAUAAAUUUGUUCUUUGUAUUCUGGACGCGGUACAAAAUCACAAAUGGACGGUUAUACAAAGAAGAUUCUUAAACGGAGGACAAAGCUUUGAUAAAGACUGGAUUGACUACGAAAAUGGUUUCGGGACUUUGACAUCGGAAUUUUGGAUUGGCAACCAAUACAUACACGAGCUGACAUCUCUUUACGAACACAUUCAUCUACGCAUUGAAAUGGUUGCAAGUUCAGGUCACGUGGGUAUUGCCGAGUAUACAUUCUCUGUGGAUGACGCCAGUCAGGACUAUCGUCUCCAUACCUCAAACUAUGUAGGAAACAGAGGAGACCCAUUAACAUCAACAGGGUCUUGUACAGAAUGCGCCGACGGAAUGAAAUUCACGACCAGAGAUCGCGACAAUGACAUGCAGAACCUGAGGAACUGUGCUACACUAAGUCGAGGGGGCUGGUGGCACAACGCGUGUCAAAGGUCAAACCUGAACGGACAGUUUGGACAGUCCAAUUAUUUAUAUGGACUGAACUGGGAUGGAUUCAUGGAUAUCAUGAGUGUGGAAAUGAAAGUCCGGAAACCUUGACCGGAAUUCUAGCAUUGAACUAUACUAUUACAAAUAACUUUUCAAGCAACCCUUAUCCU